AUGAAGAUUGCCACUAUCCUCGAGUCCGAGGGCAAGAACUACAAGAUCAUCACCCCUUACGAUGGCCAGCGCAACCUCCUUGAGAAGACUCUGCGGGAUCAGGGUCUUGAGUGGGGUGAUAAGGUUUUCAAUGUAGACUCAUUUCAAGGAAAUGAGGAAGAUUACAUUAUUGUAUCACUGGUUCGAUCCAAUGCCCUAGGCUUCCUCAGCAGCCUCCGACGCACAAAUGUUAUGCUCACACGCUGCAAGCUAGGCAUGUAUGUUGUCUCUAGUUAUAACUUCCUUGUCUCCACCCGGUCCAAGAAGGCUGGCUUGGGUGCCUCUUCUCUGGCUGGCCAGAUGGCUGUAGCUCUACCAGAGGAUGCUUGGCUGUACCCAGAGUGUGGAGACCCUGGGGCUCCGAGAGGGUGCACUCACGGAGGCACGUGCGUCGACGCGGAGUGGUCGCCCAGUGGCGAGUCGACGCCGAGGAACACCGGCAAUCCUGGUGUUCUACUCAAGGCGUCUACGGUGGGCGGUCCUAGCCAGCCUACCGUUCUCGACUGUAGCGAGGCUCGCGUCGAGCGCAAGGCUUUCGUGGUGAGGAAUGAGGGAGAAAAAAAGGUGAUCAUUGAACUCGUGGUCGUGACUAUAAGUACAGUGCGUGACCUCGCGUGGCGCCCGGGUCACGGGGUCGCCACGCGCGGUUCGCGGAAACGAUUCGGUAAGUAG